CUGGUGGCCCGCCAGUGCUAUAAAGAGGUCACCAGGCUACACGUCACUGAGCAGCAGCAACUAAUUUUGCAAGUGCGCAACUCUGACAGAGAAGCAACUAGCUCAGCCGGUCAUGGAGUCGCUUGUGCCGGAGGCGGAGAGGCCGCACGCCGUGUGCAUACCGUACCCCGCGCAGGGCCACGUCACGCCGAUGCUGCAGCUGUCCAAGCUGCUCCACGCGCGGGGCUUCCACGUCACAUUCGUCAACACCGAGUUCAACCACCGCCGCCUGCUCCACUCGCGGGGGGCUGCCGCGCUCGACGGCGUCCCGGGGUUCCGCUUCGCGGCCAUCCCCGACGGGCUCCCGCCCUCUGAUGCCGACGCCACGCAGGACAUCCCCGCGCUCUGCUACUCCACCAUGACCAACUGCCUCCCGCACCUCCUCUCCCUCCUCGCCAGGAUCAACAGCGACUCCGCCGUCUCCGGGGCGCCGCCGCCCGUCACGUGCCUCGUCGUCGACGGCGUCAUGUCGUUCGGCUAUGACGCCGCGAGGGAGAUCGGCGUGCCUGUCGCCGCGCUCUGGACUGCCAGCGCCUGCGGGUACAUGGGCUACAGAAACUACCGCCAGCUCGUCGACUGGGGCCUCGUGCCGUUCAACAACGAGGCGCAGCUCGCGGACGUCGCCGGCGGGCACCUCGCUACCGUGGUGCACGGCGCGAGCGGCAUGUGCGACGGUGUGCAGCUGCGCGACUUCCCCAACUUCAUCCGCACCACGGACCGCGGUGACAUCAUGUUCAACUUUCUCAUGCGGGAGUCCGAGCGGCUUUCGCUGCCCGACGCCGUCAUGAUCAAUACCUUCGAGGACCUCGAGGGUACGACGCUCGACGCCAUGCGCGCCAUCCUCCCACCCAUGCACCCCGUCGGCCCGCUCAUCCUCCAAGAGCGCCGUACCAUCCCGGCGGACAGCCCGCUUGCCGGCCUCGGAUCCAACCUAUGGAAGGAGCAGGGCGGGCUCCUCGAGUGGCUCGGCGGCCGCGCGCCAAGGUCUGUGGUGUACGUGAACUACGGCAGCAUCACGGUGAUGACGAAGGAGCAACUGCUUGAGUUCGCGUGGGGGAUCGCCGGCAGCGGGUACCCGUUCGUGUGGAACAUCCGGCCGGACCUGCUGAAGGGCGAUGCGGCAGUGCUCCCGCCGGAGUUCUUGUCGUCCGUCGAGGGUCGCGCGCUGCUGACGACGUGGUGCCCGCAGGAGGCGGCGCUACAGCACGAGGCGGUGGGGGUGUUCCUGACGCACUCUGGGUGGAACUCGACGCUGGAGAGCCUCUGCGCGGGGGUGCCGAUGCUGAGCUGGCCAUUCUUUGCGGAGCAGCAGACCAACUGCCGGUACAAGCGCACGGAGUGGGGUGUCGGGAUGGAGAUCGGCGGUGAGGUGCGGCGUGGCGAGGUGGCGGCGAUCAUACGGGAGGCCAUGGACGGCGAGAAGGGGCAGGAGAUGCGCCGCCGCGCCGAGGAGUGGAAGGAGAAGGCUGUCAAGGCGACGCUGCCGGGUGGGCCGGCCGAGGUAAACCUGGACAGGCUCAUCGAUGAGGUGCUGCUCGCCCAGAGGAAGAAGGGUCAAGCGGUCAACGGCCGAAACUAAGAACGGUGGUGGGUGGGUGUGAGGAACGGUAACCUCUUCAAAUAAGGGUGAAUUAGAAAACUUCAAAUCUAUUUGGUUCUAUCUUCUGUUGGUGUACAAGAAGUAGGAGCCAGUUUAGAAACAGUUGUAAUG